GUUUAUCCCAAUUUCCCCUUCUCCGACGAACUCCCAACGGCCAUAAUGGCUACGUUGCUGCCACGCGUUUCCCGGCCUCCUGAUCCCUCCGUCGCGAGUUUCGACUCCUCGGUCGAAAUCUCCACCAAUUCGAAAAUACCCAUCUCAGAAAUCCCGUUUCCAUUGAUACCCAAUGCCAGAAGGAGGUCGCUCCUCCUCUCUGUUCUUUCCUUGAACCUUCUUGUUACCCCACCUCCUUCAUUGGCGAGGGAACGACGGCUCAGGAGGACAAUUCCCAUCGACGAAUACAGUGUCAGUGCUGACGGAUUGAAAUAUUUUGAUCUCAUUGAAGGAAAGGGUCCAAUUGCUGAGAAAGGUUCAACUGUUCUGGUGCAUUUUGACUGCAUUUAUCGCGGUAUUACUGCAGUCUCAAGUCGUGAAUCCAAGCUUCUGGCUGGUAAUCGCAUUAUUGCACAGCCAUAUGAAUUUACUGUUGGAGCACCACCAGGGAAAGAGCGGAAGAGAGAAUAUGUAGACAGUGCCAAUGGUCUAUUUUCUGCCCAGGCUGCUCCAAAACCACCUGCUGCUAUGUACUCAAUUACUGAAGGGAUGAAAGUUGGAGGGAAGAGAAGUGUAAUUGUUCCUCCUGAGGCUGGAUAUGGUAAAAAGGGAAUGAAUGAAAUACCACCAGGGGAAACUUUUGAACUGAAUGUAGAACUUCUUGAGGUACUGGCAUCACCCACAAAGUAGUUCACUUGGAAUGCCAGUCUUCAGCAAUCAAUAAUCAGUCAAACAAACAUGAAACUUUUUCACUUGUUCGAAUUGGCUCGGAUAAAAGUGUACAUGUUUACAAGAAAACCUUGCCAGGGUUUAAGAGGCAGUGCAAUGCGUAAAGGAGAAUAUCUAUGAGCUUAUGUUGUUUCCUAAUUAGCAUCCCGUUGGUUAAUUUCCCCUUUAGAACGUAAAUUUAUUGUUGGCAAUAUCUUUUUGUCAUUUAUCACAAGAAUGUACGUUGUUUUUGUCAAUUACUGAAUAAUAUAUACUGAAUCUUUGAAA